AAACACCCCGCAUUCAUAAAAAAAAGAAAAGCGUAGAGGAACCAUCUGACAAGAGCAGCAUCCACUGGUAGCUGCCUCACUGUUUACUGCUCUCGACUUGUCACCAGAAUAGAAAGCCGCUGUACUCUGAGGAAAAAUGGCCAAAAGUGAGAGGCAAAGAAGAAGUUUGAAGAGUGAGGAGUUCUUUUUUGAUUCCGAAGCGUCUCUCUUGGAUCAGCAAGAUUUCGAGAUGUCUAGCUGUCCUUUCAAUGACGUCUUCAACUCCAAAGACUCCCACAUGGAGCAGAUCAACACUUUUCUGAAAAAUGUGCAAGUUUUGCUGGAGGCUGCUCGGUUUCUCGAGAGCGCCGAGCGGAAGGACGGAAGUGAGUUGAUUUGUGCUGCGUUUGAUCCGUUUCAUUUGCCUCUGAAUUUCAGGAAAACAAGACUUCAUUGUCAACAGACUCAGACAACAAAGAGCUGAGUUCUUUCAACUAAGCACCACUGGCUACAGCCUAUGCCUGCACCAGUCUAAUACGAAUGUUUAAACCAUUGCAACAAUAGGAGAAUAUACUCAAAGUGCUAGAUUUGCUUUUUGGACUGUUUGACUCGCAUUAUCCGCAUGAUAGGAGCUGUGCAUCACUUUACGUCCGCUCAUCCCUUACCUCUCUAUUUUUCCCUGCAGCAUAGAUGAAGCAAUAUGACAUAAUCAUUAGGUGUGUGGGUGUGCAGGUUGGCUUCCAAUGCGAAAUGAUAAAUCUGGCCACAUUGCAGCGCCCUCCAACUCAGUUCAGGAUGAUGUCAUUGUGUCCCCGCGAACACGAUCGAGAAGAUCUACGAGUUCAUAGAGAAAACCAAGAGAUCGGGAUGCUGAAUCGGGAUUUUGUUUACCCCCCAAAUUUCUCAGUAACAGUUAAAAAUAAACGAUUAAGCAGAUCAUUUCAAAGCUUUAUGGAUUUGAAAGACACAAUGCUGGGUUGCAGAAUGCAUUCACCCUGCGUUCGCAAAUAAUCCAUAGCAUCAAAAUAAAUAACGGAGGAUCAUUUUGUCGAUCAGUGCAAUGUCAAAUUGAAAAUAUGCACGCGGUGAUUAAUGACUCUAGUGUUCUUUGAGAGUUAUAACAGGCGAUUACAACAUUAAUUGUCUGUUUUGUCUAGCUGUUGUAUGCACAUGUUAAGGCAGGGCUGGCGUGCACCAGAAAGUCUAGCACGUGGGCUGCUGCGCGUUGAAAAAAGUCUUUUGAUGAAUUUCGCUUAUGAUAACGUUACGUGAGAUCUGCAGUAGCUGUUCGCAGCAGCGGCACAGAGCUCUCCCUACGGUUGUUUGCUUCCUGCUAUUUGUGGGCGUGUCACACGGACUUCCACAUGGCGCAAUUCUCUCUUGUGAUUGGUGGGUAGUAAGCUCAGCCUUCGACUCGUGUCAAAGCUGUCCUCCAAUCAGACAUCCUAUCGAUGGAGACGUCAUGUGUUGCUGGGCCUGCCUUCAGCCGGCAAGUCCACGCCCACGUUCCUGGCGAAUUGUGGGUCUUGUAGGUUUUUGUGUGUCAAGUGACAGACUGUUGAGAAUACAGCGAGAGAAGUGAAUAAUAUAUAACGAGUAUUUGAGUUUUCUAAGGGGAAAAAAACAUCGAAACACUUGAAAUCAUUCAGUGAAAAAACACCAGGCAGUUAAACCUGUGUCUGAUGGUUUUUGCUGCAGUAUUUGAUAGGCCUCAAAGAACGUCUGUGAUAAAAUAGUUUUUAUCAAACACGAGAUUGGAGUUUUACUUUGAUUACUACUAAUGCCAAACAUCUGUAGGGAUAUCACCAGCAGCUAAUACCCCAGUCCAGACAAACGGGACUUCUCACCUUUGCAAAAAUGCAACACCUACCAUCAGAUUUUACUUUUUGCUGAGCUGUCCUUAGUGGAGUCAAUUUCAGCCGUUGAUGUUCGGGUCCUUGAUCUUACUGAAGAUUGUCUAAACAUUGAUUGUAACACAUCUUCAUAAAUUUUAUUAUUUUUUUUAAAUCAGAGAAAGACUCAAUUUCCCAGAAUGCACCGCGUUCAGACCGGCCUCUCCUCCGCCAGGUUCCCGCCCCUCAGCUGUGCAGCUAGGUAAACAAACAGGAGAGGAGAGGAAACGAGCAGCAGCAGGCACUUUGCUGGCUCUGUCCACUCUCGGGGGAAUUUUGUAUUGUUUAUAUUCUUUUUUGUAACAUUUAAUACCGUGUUUCCUACAAACUUUUAAUACUUUACUACACUGGUCUUGACAUUUUCAAAUUACUAAACAAGGAACGGACUGGAUGUGGGUUACACGCUUGGAAAGCUAGGAUUUUCCCCUCUACUUUCGUCAAAGGCUGCUUACGAGCCAACGAAGAUACUGAACAAGAAAACAACACGACGUUUUUUUCUGUUAUUAACAGUGUAAUUCAGUGCAGGUACAACUGAUGCACAGUCUUCCUCAUAAUUAAAAGCGACUUGCUCACGUUUCGCUAUCGGGGGAGAGAAAAGCUAACGUAAACGGCAGCAGCCUCGGGGAAGAAUGACGGCUGUUCAGCUAAUCAAUAUCCAAAGGUUAUUGGAGGCUGCGGAGUUUAUAGAAAGGAGGGAAAGAGGUAAAACUAGUGUUGUCCAUGGAUUUUACCCUGAAAUGUGACCGUCUGUUACAUUAUUUUUAGACCGUGGUAAAGACAGUGAUGGUCGUCUUACCUCUGUGCUCACGUCAACUUCAGUGUCCUAGGUUAGCCAACUGUUAACCACAUAUUUUUCUUUCAACAGAGUGUGAACACGGAUAUGCCUCGACGUUUCCGUCAAACCAGAACACAAACUACCAGAGGCAAAGAAAAUUCAGAAAUAAGAAGUUUAGCAGUAACCACAAUAGGUAAGAACCACGCUUUGUUCCGUGUUUUCCAUGAACGCUGUUGCAUGUAUUUGGUAUUUUUUUUAUGCUACUUGCUGGUGAUUAAACGGCCUUAACUACGACUAAGGCUACAGUGCAAUGGAGUGAUGAGUGUUGCUGACAGCAUGCUAUUGUACGUUCACUGCCAUCGUUUUAUUGCAUCGUUUGGUACUCAAAGCUGUCAGGACAGGGUGAUUAUACUUAUAGUCGCUGACAUUAUUACCACAGUUCAGUUAAACACAUAUUUAUCAUUGAAAAUAAGUUCCCGGGAGUUAUAAGGGAAGUCCCUUGAAGUUGUUGAAACGUGUUUGAUGCAAAGGUACACGUAUCACCGUCCACAGCUCUGCUCGGUCGGCUUGGGGGAGGGGAAAGCACCAAAGGCUCUGCGAGCUUUUCAUCAGCUGAUUGUCAAACGGACUGCAGUGGCUGAGGUUAGGGAUUGUGUGGAAAGUGUCGGCUUCAAAACGAAAAAAAGUCAUCAAGAUGUUAUGAUUUCCGUCAAAUAUUUUACAUAGAUAAAGACAUAUUUCGCUUCAUUUUAGACUUGAAUGUCUCAGUAGAUUUUUUUUGUUGCUAUUCUCAGUUUGUCUCCAUGCCAAACGUGUUGUUCACUGUGGGAGAGAGCGGUAGUUUUGCCCUGUGCCCUAAGUCUGAAACAGCGGCUAUUUAUGGCCAGUGUUGUUUGCAGAAUACGUGGUGAAUACGUGGAGGCUUUAUGGGACUUAUUCCGUUUAAACUGCUCAACAAUUAGUUGUUCAGCAAACAAAACUACAUGUGCAUUUCUUGUGUUUUUUUAAAUUUUUUUUUUGAUGCACAUAGAAAGCUGUUGACAGUCUGGUCUGGUACUUGGCUGUCUGAUCAACACAGUAAUAUGGUGCAUGUCAAACCCAAUACCCAAGAAAUAGAAGCACAAAAUUUUACAACUGACCCCUUAGUGGCACUUUAUUUUUUGUUUCAAGGUUGCUUUUAUUCGGUUGAGAUAAGAUAACCCUUUAUCCAUUCCACAUUCAGGAAAUUUGCUAAUUAAUUAUUGCAAUGAAUCCACGCAUUGACUGACAUACAUCAAACCCAAGCCUCACUCACACACACUCUUUCUUUUUGAGCCUGUUAAUAUUAAUGUAAGAGCGGGCCACAAACAGGAACUGCGCAUUACUCAUCAUGAGCAUAGAACACUGCCUAGUUCUGCAUGGCAACAGUCAUGAUCAGAUAUGGGUCGGAGGCUGUAUUUAUAGAGCUUUUGAGGAGUUCCUGCAUUCUAUAAGGGUUAUUCUUUGACAAAACGUUAGUUAGUUUUUCAGUGCGAAAGAAAUCCUACAUAAAGCUGAAGCUUUUCAAUAACAUCUUGGCCCUGUGCAUUUGUAAAAUGAUUGUCACAGGUAUGAAAGUAAAUGACACCCAGGGUAGUUGUGUUUUGUCCUCCUCCCUGUAGAGACACAUUCACAACUCACUGAGUUAGGCAACACCAUUUCUUAUACAUAACCCCUUUCAGCUUCAUGCAGCUUAUUUUUUAUAGUUGUGCACACCUUGACAGCCAUGGACUAACAUUAUUUUGAUAUCCCCUCAUCUGUGAAGGUUAUUGAUGGGUCACACAUGUAUCUGUUGGGGUCUGCUUGUAUUUAACAAUUAGAUUUAUCCUUUUGCUAACACGUGUAAGAAAUGUUUUCAGUUUGAAAAAUUCAUGAGAAAUUGCGAUACCAGAUUAGAACCUCCACAGAGGGACUGACACAUUAACCAGAUAUGGUACAACACGUGAGACUUUUCUUCUAUGAGGAAGAAUGAAUAUUUAACCAAUGAAGAUGUCUAAAAAAGAUCAACAGUCACCAAAAUGUCUUUCCUUUGAUGAUCACUGUGAGGACACUCAAAAGUCAAUGUUGACUUUAAUUUGGUGAUGAUUAGAUAAACUGUAAUAGAGUAUGUUAAACACAGUUAGCAGUCGAGCAGGUGCAUGCAUGCUGCAAAAAGCAGCUAACUUUACUGUAGGAUGUUGAGGCUUUAAGUGAUGGGCUUAUCUUACUCUGUCCUCUCUGGUAUACUGUUUAUAGCAGGCUAGCUUUAUCUCCUUGACCCACUCUGUGUGAGCAUAUAUAUAUGCGCACACACAGAUGCAGACAUGUGCACUAAAGACAUUCACACUUUACAGGAGGGACACUACUUCACUUGUUUGUGUCCUUGAGCCAGUUUUUAAUCAGUAUUGCAUGAUUGUUGAACUAUGGAUGUAUCAGAUAUUCUGAGGGGGGUUACAAUGAUAGAUGUUGCAGAAAGUGAGCUUGCAGCUUGUAUAUAUUGAGCUAUUAGAAUUUAAGGUCAUACUGAGAACUAGUGUAUGGUUCUUGAUUGCAGGAAGCUUGAUCAAGGAGGACCAAAGGCCUGUAUCAAAUCGCUGAGUAAGAAAAGCUGUAGAGGUUUUUGCACACUGUGUCUGUUUCCUCCCCUAAAAUAGUUUUAACUAUAUACAAUUCUUCUUCUUCUUCUUCUUCUUCUUCUUCUUCUUCUUCUUCUGUCUUCACACAUUUUUGAUUAUACAUCCCUGUCUGUGUGUCCCCACCUUAAACAUACUGCUAGCCUCUGUUCAGGAUUAAUUGCUCCCAGGAAUUCAGGGAUUUUCUUUGAGCGUGUGGUUUCAGUGUAACUUAAAGAUUAUCAUACUGGGCUGCUGACAUUCUGAAACAUAUCGAAAAGCAACAGGGAUAAUAUCAUAACUCCUUGAUUAGUAGAUGAAAUGCUUGUUGAAUCCCGUGUUGUUGUCAGUAGUGGAUUGACCCCAAGUUAGUUUGUGGAAGUAACACAAAAUUGUGCUCACUUUUUGAUGAUUCCUGUUUUUUUUGUCUGGUCCUGCAAAUUUUUGCUAUGAAAAGAAAAAUAAUGCAUUAGACUCAGUGUGCAAAGUUUUGAAGUAUCAGAGUUUUUAUCAGACUUUUCUAUGCACCCUUGUUGGAAUUUUUGGAUUGAUGGAGUCAUAACUGUUAGGGGUGGAAACCACUAGUGGCCCCACGAUACAAUACUAUCACGAUACUUGGGCCACGAUACGAUAUUAUUGUGAUUUUUAACAUUUUGCAAUACAGUGAGUAUUGUGAUACAAAAUAUUGCAUUUUAAACAUUUUUUCAACUGUUAAGCAAAUUUAGCAUUUUUCUUUCCUUUGUGUCUGUCUUAUUUACGCUGUAUUUUAUUUUCAUGUAGCACAUCUUGCAAACCUUUUAUAUUUGUUUCACUAACUUUCUCCUGCUCUAUGAUGUCAUCUCUGCCAACCUCACUGGACAAACAGUUGAUUUUAUUUUUCCAUUGUCAUAGAUUUGACUUCAUAUUAUCAACUAAGUUAAAAAAUCGGUAUUCGGUAAAUGAGACGAUACAAUAUAUCAUGAGACAAAAUAUCCCUAAACUAUGCUGUAUCGAUUUUUUUCUCCCACCCCUAAUUACUAUCCAGUCUCUUUCUGUGUGAUGACUGACUGUAUGGGCUUGGAUAUGUUUGCCAACCAUAGUCUGCAUGGCAUCCUGUCCUUUGAUUUCCUGCAGUCAUUUUCAAGAUGAGACAGUCAUUUCGCAGUACAUUGAUGUGGCAACACUUGUUUUAGACUAUAGUAACAAAUAGGCUUUUAUCUUCCCAAGAGUUGUAAUCAGACAAAAAAAAAAAGCCAACAAUUACAUUUACACACUAGACUGAAUGUGAUUGUGGUGAAAUGCUCUGAGUUUGGAGAAGAUUGCAGAUCUGGAUGAGGGUUCCCAAGCAACACCAACAGCGCAAGCACAGUGACAGAUGAUAAUGCAGAUUUUAUGUACUCCUAAUUAUGGCUCUUCUUCUCCAAAUGAUUGUUCUUCUCUUAUUAAAACUACUGCUCUGUCUCACAAACAAUUACAAAAAUCAGUGGGCCCAGCAGCUUCAGAAAGUAAUUAGAUGUGUCUACAAAAGCUGCUUCAAAACCAACACUAUAACUACCAGUUUGAGAUGACAGUUAUGAGAGUAGAAGUAGUUAAACAGACGGUUUGGUGUGACUGGUCGACUGAGGCAUAGCGCAGCCAUGCAUGGCUCUGACGGGUUUGCAGAAUAUGUAAGGUGAGAGCUGUCAAAAGCAUGCGUGUGAGCACUUAGGCUCUCACAGGUUUUCAGGAAAUGGCUCAGGCAGGCCAGCUUCCUCAUGAGUGUUUGCUGUGAUAGCAGCCACUCAACCUGGCUGUAGACCCUGUCAUGUUCAAUCAAAUGCGCUGCCAGAGUUGGCUUCAUAACCAGUCUUGCAUGCACAACUACAUGACCAGUAAUGUAUUCAGAUAGACUAAUAGAGACAUAUGGUGUUUUUAUUGGUGUAAAUAAUUUAACUUAAAUAUCUAUGACCUCUAAGGGGGGGGCACAUUUUUUACAGACUGAACCACAGCUUUGGAUAGCCCCUCCUUUCUUAUCUGCUGUUGUCCGUAUUUCCUGUUUCCUCAGGCGGCAGCUUUGUCAGCUGAGCCUGAUUUUAAAGAAAAAAUAUGAGAAGAGCAUAUUGCAGUAUUGAUAACCAGCUGUAAACAGAAGGGCUGCAUACAUGACUUAGAAGAGGUGGAGUGUAUCACCGUCUACUCAGAUGUGUGCACCUCGAGGCGAGGUGGAGUGUAGUGUGUGUGUAGACUGGAACUUAGCUAUUGAAGCAUCAGGACUAGAGCCGGUUGCAUCCCUUCAGCAUGUUGCCACACAAAGAGACUCUUAGGAACCAGCUGAUUCACUUUACAUUAUUAACAGAGCACUGAGCCCUGGCUGCUGCAUGCACAGGAGGAGUGUGCAUGUGUAUGUGUGUGUGUGUGUUUGUGUGAGAGUGUGCAUGCUUACAUUUGGCCAGCAGCACAUGUACAUACACUCUCACACACAGUAUACUCAGAGUUGUGCGUUGCAUUAUUAAAAAAAGAGGCUGCAUAAUGUCAUAGUUAGGUUUUAGUUGUUGUCACGGUGAUAUUUAUUGGAGUAAAGGCUCCAUCCAGUGCACUGAGCCUCGAGUCGGUCUCAUUGGGUAACAUUCAUAAAUUGGUAAAUCAAAGUUGACAGGGUCAUUCCUGAUGACUCUCUUGGCCCCUGAUUGUCUAGCUCAUAUAUUGACUGUCAUUUGCUUGUUGAUCAUACUAAAGUCUGUAUUUGCUUUUUAUUUGACAGCUUGUUAUUUUCUGUCUUUGCAGGUCCACACAUAAUGAGCUGGAGAAGAACAGGUGAGUUUGCAGUUUUCCCUCUAUGUAAACAUCUCAGCAAAAAAAAAAAAAAACUCUCUUAAGGCACAGCCAGCAGACACAUGCUAACCCUGCCAUGACAUGUGAACAGGUUCACCUCGUCCUCCUUUUAUUACCCCCCAUGGUUUUGCCCUUUUUGUCAAACAGGCACUUCCUCUUCAACAGGUCCUUAAAACAAAAGGUAGAAGGUGACCCAGUUCUUUUCAGUAAAAAGACAUUCACUUCUCCUUUUUCAUCACCCUGUUCCCCUCACUUCUCAUGUGCACACAGUUUGAUCGCCUGGUUAAAGUCCCUGGGUUGUGGUGCAGCCGCGUGCAGUCAGGCAAAGCUGAGUCAAAAGUUCAAUGUUUGUUGUGAUGCUGAGAUGUUUCUUUGAUAUAGUGGCAGUCAAUUCAGCUCUAUAUCCAACACAACGCUCAUAGAAUUCAAGUCCAUACACAGUUUUACGCUGAGUUAUAUCUCUGUGUUCAGGAUAGUGUGUACAGUUGGUAUUCAGGGAGAUCUGAGCUUGUGACGUUUAACCACACGUCCUCUACUUGGAGCCGACCCCAGUUUUCUAAGAAGCCCUUAUCAGAUUGAGUUCACCACCCACAUUGAGCGCUUGCUGUUGUUUAUGCUUUGUGACUUUGCAACCUUCUUGAGUCAUGUUGUAAAGGGGUUUCUUUGACACCGUAAAUAAGAGUGGCUAGACCCACAGGAUUUAUGGUAAAAGAAAAAAAGAAGCCUGCCUUCCAUUUCAUUAUCUCUGAGGGUGUGGGCACAGUGAAAAGAUGUGGGAGGCUGGAUCCAUUCAGCGUAAUUACAUAUCACCUCAGCCUGUUUUUCUCACCAUUCUCUCUGGCAGCCUCUUCUAAAAGGAUGAGAACAUUGGAAGAAGAGGCGUCCAGUGAGUUAAAUUUAGACAGGAGUUGAUGUGUCAUCUUGGUGCUCAUAUGUGAUGCCACACAAGGCCAGCCAGUCGGCUGACUGGCCUCGGCACUGAUGCGGGGCCACAUUUUUACAGUGUACCACCCACACGAAUGCAUUUCAAAAAAUGCUCCGAUGUUUGUUCCUACAACAGUGUGAAGGCUGUUUUCGUCACUCUCAACACAUUCUUGCAGCCAGCCACUUUAUAGUACGGCCUGUUCCUGUGGCCAUUUAAGGCCUACAGUCAUCCCUCCAAUCAGAGCUGACUUGUGUAAAAUGCGUAGGUGGUUCAACAGAAGGGAUCAGUGCUGUCUUGCUGUAGCACUGAUUUGUGGUUCAUGCAGUGCUGCUUUUGAAUAAUAAAAAUGAUAACUUUAUGACAGGGAAUAAAACUCCAUGCAUAAAAGCGAAAAAGUGACCGCAAAAAUGAUUUACACGCUCUUUUAUGAACAGACUCCUAUCAUAAGUAUAACACCACUGAAACUUGCAUCCUCUGCCUCCUCCUUUUCCUGGCUCCACCUUGCUGGUCCAUGCAGACUCAUAAAGAGAACAGCAGCUAAACACAGGGGGCUGGGAACAGGCCGUCCUGUACCACACCACUGUACUAGAUCCAGAUAACACCAACACCCUUUUCUUGUUUCCCAUUCUUGUUUUCAUUUCCAGCUGGGCAUAGUUGUUGUUGCGUAGCUGUCAACUUGCACUAGUUAAAUGUGAAUUUCCAUUAGCAAAGAAAGAGGGCAAAAUUGAAAUGGUAAUCCAUCUUUUUAGAGACACACUUAAAGUCCGAAUCGUUUAUAAUCCCCCUUUUUUGCCAGCAGCUAAUCCAAUUCCCUUGAAGCACAUGCCUCACCGUAAGCUAUAUGUAUCAGGCAUAGUUGUUCACCCAAGUGUGUCAGGCUUAUACCAUGAUUCUACAGCAGCAGCAGCAGCUUUCGUUUGUUCGUUCCAUUUCACCAGACCUCUAACUUUCUACUUUGGUAAAUUGGAGGCAGCUUUCUUCUGGUCCAGCCUUACUGGGGCCUUUUUUGACACUUAUCAUGUCUGUUUAUCUGCUAGUGGUAGGACAAUUUGCCUUGCAUGGCAACCACAGAUCCUGAUAACCUCUGUGAUGAGUAGACUCACUGUGACAGUAGACCACAGGAUGUGGAUAAAAAGGACUCCAAAAGAGGGGGGGGGGGAAAUCACAUUCCAGAUGCUCACACAGUGCAGAGAGACCAGAUAGUGGGGUGGCUCUGCCGCUUUGAUCAUGCGCCUCUUAACGGCUCUAUUUUACUUCCACAUGUCACUACUAAAUUACACUGCCUAAGAGGGCUUUAACAGGGACGAGCUUGUAUGAACACUGUAGCAGCGUCUCUGCUUUGAUCUCGCAGCCUUGUGCCUGUUAGCCCCUUUUCUUUUAAACAGAUAGAUAACAGAAUCCCCUUAGCCCAGGUUAGUUGUUUGCUCCUUGUUUGUUGCAGUGUUUACGGCUAACAGCUUAGGUAUUCCAGAGUUUAAUCUGUUGUCAGUCGACUUUCCCUUACGAUGUGUCUGUUUAUUGAUAAUUGAUAGAAAAGGCUUUUACUUGCUACAAGAAAUCCACAGGAGGUGUAGGGUAUCAUUUGCCAUCUUACUCCACCUUGACCUGUUCAUGUUGAAACUCUUCAUCAAGGCCAGGACCAUCAUACAUAAGUAGUAAAUUGUUUUUCCUGCAGUGCUCGGGCCAUCAAAGCUAUAUAAGCUUUUUUAGCUGCUCAAUUCUUUAUGAGGGGAGUCAGGCAAACAGUGUAGGUUAAACCCCUUUUCAUGUGUGCCUGUGGAAUAUUAAAGAGGCUCAGACUCGCCUGGUGGAGUCAGGAAGCUGAUGUCCUUGGGUGGCAUGUAAGGAGCAUCAGUGAGCUUUGUCCUUUUGGGAGCUUGUUUUGGCUCGGUUGUGUAUUAAAUAGUCAGUGAAGUUGAUUUGUUUGCAGCUGUCAUCAUUUUUGUUUUUAUCUGCUUUUGUAUGAAACUCUGGCUUUGUGGGGCUUGGGAGCCUGCUCACCUUACUUGGAUUGAAACCAUCCUAUCAAACGUAACCUUUACAACUGCAGGGCUUGUAAAGAUAGUACCAUCUCUUAAGUAGAGUCAAGGUAACUCAGUACAACUCAUUCCCACUGAACAUCACUUGGAUAAAUGUCACAUUUUCUAAAUGAAAACUUCUUUCUUAACAUACGACUAUUAAUCCAGUACUGUUCCUCAAGCCUUGGGCUCAGUUAAGGCUCAGUGAAACAUUCAUUAGCCUCUAUGUCUUUCCUUUGCAUAAACUUGGGCCCCAAGAACAGGAAGGAGUGACUGCUUCACCAGUCUCUUCCGGCAUCUUUCCAGUGAGUGCAGCAUUUUCUCUGGCUUUACUGCAGGGCCCAAAACUGGGACCAUUUGUUCUGACCAACGUGACGACUUGUAAGCUUUUCUUGGCUCAGAAAAGCAGCUUAAGGGACUUGAUCUUUGGUCUAGUGAGCCCAGCUAGAGCACACACACGUGCUGGGGCCAUCUCCCCCACCCCCCCCAAAGCCACCCGGUGCUAGUCCUUAAUAGCAUAGCUUGACUUUGGCUUAGCUAACAACGAUGUCAGAGGACGUGAAUGUAAUUGGCAGGCUGAUGGGAUGAGCACAGGGAUAGGUUAAAUACACCUGACUAAGGGUAGCCUUGAGUAGCACGCAAGCCUGAUCUAAACUCCCACUAUGUCGGCAUGACUGCAGUGAGCAUUUCCUCCCUGUGAUUAACACAACAAGACGUGGGCCAGUAUGGAGGGAGAAGGAGUAACCACAAACAGUCAGAAGUAGGAAUGGGAAUCCCCAUAAUACGAUACUUGGGCCACAAUAUGAUAUUAUUGCGAUUUUUAACAUUUUGCAAUACAAUGAGUAUAGCGAUACAAUAUAUUGCGAUUUAAACAUUUUUUCAACUGUUUAACUAAUUUAGCAUUUGUCCUUCCUUUAUGUUUGUCUUAUUUACACUGUAUUUUAUUUUCAUGUAGCACAUUUCGCAAACCUUUUAUAUUUGUUGUACUAACUUUCUCCUGCUCUGUGAUGUCACCUCUGCCAACCUCAGUGGACAAAUUUAUUUUAUUUUUCCAUUAUCAUAGAUUUGACUUCAUGUUAACAAUUAAUCUGAAAAAAAUCGGUACUUGGUCAGUGAGACAAUACGAUACAUCACCAGACAAAACAUUGCGAUAAUGCGCUGUAUGGAUUUUUUUCUACCACCCCUAGUCAGAAGGUGAUCGAUUGUGGUUGUAACUACCAGUGGUCUGAUCUUUAAACCUGAGUGGCAGCUGUCCUGCUAUAAUAAGGAGAUUUGAAGUAAGGUUUGUUAACACUGUAGUGAAAACACAUUGUCUAAGCUUUAAAGAACAGGAAAGCACCUUUGAGUCAGGAAAAGAUAUCUGCACUUUCACUUAACUGAGGCUGAUGAGGAGAGAAUUACUCCUCAUUGAUUUAUCUCUAUUUAUCUAACAGUGCUUGCCUGCUGGGUUGCCAGGCUUCUGACAGUAGAGAGUUUUUGUGGAUUAGCUCUCUCCAAGGGCUAGACACAUGCCUUUUAAAGAGAGCCAACUGCCAACAACAAGAAAUUAAAAAAUCCAUAGCCCUAAAGACAAACACGGUUGAUUAAAUAGACCAGGCCCAAACUACCUAAUGUGCCAAAUCUGUCCAAAAAGCACUGAGGACAAAAGGAACAAGGCACUGACUUGAAAAUGUGACUUGGCAAGAGCUUUUGCAAUGUUGCAGCCUGUUAAAACAUGCCUCACACUUCCUGUGGAUGCUUUAAGCAGUGACGCCCUCUUUAUGUAAAGAACUGAGCAUUUCAGUUACAGCUCUCUGGACUGGCAUCCCAACUGGCUUCCUGUCAGAUUGUUGAGGAAAAUGUCGAAUGAGAGGCCUCAGAAGUGUAUCUCCUCACAGAUGCUCUGCUGCAGGCAGGUGUAAAAAGGCACCUCACAGGGGAUCACAAGUCUGCACUCGAAGGCUCAACCAUCACUCCAGCCUAGUCUCGCUUUUUUGACCCUUGACUUGUGUCAUCUUGGCGCCUUUUUGUUGUGCCCUUAUCCUGCAAAAGUGCAUGGCCACAGCAAUCUGUGAGAGGACGGUGCAAUCAAACAGGACAAGGCUGAAUGAGCAUAUGGGCUUAGUCAGCAAGCUUAAGACGGCCGUCCAGGCUUACUUUUAUUCUGAAUGACAGAAACAGGAGGACUUGCACUUUUCCUGAUUUGAGAUUAAUCAACCUGAAGUAAAGGCUGUAUGUUCAGGCUGUUCUCCUUUGAUUUGCUAAGUGCGCAGUUCCUGUUAGCCAGCCCGUGCCAUUAACAACAUGUUGGAAAGGCUGAGAAGCCGAGCCUGUGCUUACAUACUGUUCCAGGACAAAACGCUCGUCUUCUCCUUCCUGCUCCUGAAGCAGUGUGUGUGUCACGUGAGCAGCCAAGCUAACCUAAUCUGUACCUUAAGGAAGGAGAGAUGAAGAUAGAAUGAGGGAAAAUAGGAUGUUUGUUGAAUACACAAGACAGACGCAAUUAGACUAAAUCUGACUACCACUUCUAUUUUUAGACAUCCAGCUGGGGAAAAAGGGGAAAACACCACCGCCUCCUGACCAAUCAUAGAGGUUAGCUUUGCGCCAAUGAGCGCUGUGAGAUGAGGACAAGUCCCCUCCCCAUACACUCCCAAUAUCUACCUCACAUGCUCUGUAAUUUAGGGCGCACACUGAAGGUCAUUAUUUGCCAUUUCUGUGUUGAGACCUUUACCUGGGUGGAAUGUGCCAACUGGGUUAAGUGACUUAGCAAGUGAGCGAGUAUAACUGAGGUGAGAGAGAGACAGCCAGUGUGUGCCUCUAUCUGCUCGGCCACUUUAGUCAGUGUGUGUGUGUGUGUGUGUGUGUGUGUGUGUGUGUGUGUGUGUGUGUGUGUGUGUGUGUGUGUGUGUGUGUGUGUGUGUGUGUGUGUGUGUGUGUGUGUGCGUUAAAGGUUGAUUUAGAUGAUUUGGACCCUACCCCACCCUGUUUUGGACAUGUAUUAAAAAGGCAUCCAAAGCUGAAAAGAGGACAUGGUCUGAUGGGACAGACCCCUCCCGGCUGCACCCUACACCAACAUCUGGCUGGAUCUCCCAAGCUUUACACUAUAGGCACAUUUUUAGGAGUCAAGCCAUAUUGGAGUGUUAAUCCGGACUCCCAGAGUCACACAGGGCAAAAGGGGAACAUGAGAGUUUCAAGUGGGUCAGGGUGGGACAUCAAGUUGGAUGAAUGAAGUGGAUAGAUAGAAUCCUGGAUAAACAGUAGAUUAAUGCACUGACAGUGGAGUUCGUGCAGGUCAGUUGUUUCACUGAUUGACUUUGCUGACAAAAUAUAACACCAACAUGCUUCCAACAUUGUCGGACAUGACUGAUGGAUUUGGAUUAAUACAGUCCAGCCACAUGAUGGGAGACUUGAGAUGAUGGUGGAUUGACUACUUAGCUAGUUUGACUCCAAAGUGGUGUGACUGAUGUCGAAUCAACCUAAAGGCAUGUUCUCUCCUCCAUCUCUACCCCUCUACCCCACCCUUCUUCACUCUGUUUCUAUGCUGCUAUCUCUUUGUCUCUUCCCUACUUUAUUUUUUUUCUCUCUUUCUCUCAACCUUUGUCAGUGGAGCAGAUUAAAAGGCAGUGUGCACGUGUGAACUAAUCCGUGUGUUAGUGAUGGGCUUCAGCCCCAGAGUCUCUUGGCCCUGCCACACAGCCAGCAACCCCCCUGCUAUCCCCUCCCACUCUUGCCUCCUCUCUACUCGAAUGAACUCCGCAUGUGUGUAUGUGCGUAUGAGCACGUGUUUGUCUGUGGCUGCUGUCGGAGGAGGGCAAAUCGCUGCACUAUUCUUUCAUCCUGAUCAUUUCAAAACAAACUUUUCCUCUGCUACUACUCCUCCGUCGCCUCUGUUUCCACUUUUCCCAAUCUGUCCUCCUCAGUCCUUCCUCUGCACUGUUGCUAUGCGUCAUGGCAGAUGCUGUUAAUGGCUUCAUCAGGUUUAGCAUGACAACUGCUUUGUUAUGUGUAGUAGUCAACUGUUGUCUAAGCAGAGGAGUGUCCCUUUGAACCCAAGAGGAUUUUUGAUCUCCUAUUUGAAUUUAAUGGCCCCCAAAUUCCAGUGUGGUCUUUCAGACCUGGGUCCGUGAAAACUUUACGAAGCUUUUUUAACCAAUUGGAAGGAUUCUCUCUCUCUCCUACACACUCUCUGAAUCUCUUUUUGGGAUUGAGGUCACAACUGCCUAAACGCUCAGACGUAUCAAAGUCCCUUUCUCACCCACUCACAUGAAGCCGUGCAUUUUUUACCCUCUCUGCACUUCCCUUUUUUUCGCUAAAUAUGGGUCAUCAUGCUGCAGAGUUCCCCAAAAAUCUUGUUCAUAUUUUUUCAAAUGUUUGAGACCCCCCCCCCUCCCCCAAUAAAAAAAAAAAAAAAAAAACAGUUGCUUUGUGCAGGGAAGAUGAGCAUUCCCCUGUUUGCUGUUGGUUUGGAAAGUUGAGUCAAACCCUCUGUGAACAAUUCGGAUGGCCCAACAAAAGAUGCAGCGCUUCAUUCGACGCUCAUCCACUUCAUAUUUGCAGGCAUGUUUGAAGAUAAAGAAGUUCAGAUUAAGCAAACUUUUCUUACACUUGAGGUAGUUAGUCUUAGGAGCAUUCCCCUGCUGUCACUGUCACAACAAAGACCUUACUAUCUCAGGCUUAGUUCACUUAUUCCUGCCUCCCUCCACUGAGGCUCCAAGAGUACAGCACAGCUCUUAAUCUUUUAGGGGUUAAGGGUGAAAUUUCCUCUGCGGCCACCCAUGCAUAACAUAUGCACACCGUGUAGAUGCUGGAUGACAGCUAGGAAACAUGCAUGUGUGCCGCGUGUUUUCGGUUAUAGUCACGCUGGUAUAAAAAUUUGAUUCAGAACUUGAAACAAGCAAGUAGAUUUGAGUCACUCCCCCGUUGCGAAACCCAGCGGAACUCCUGACAGUCUGGCUCUGGUUUGUGCCCAUGGCUAGUUUCUGGGCAGAUUACACAGACAGACAGAACCCUCCCUUUCCUCCCCCACUCCUCUCUAUAUCUCUCACCCUUUCUAUCUCUCUCUGACUCUCUGCAUCUAUCCCAUCUGUCCGUGUUUCAUAAAGGAGAUGAGGGAAGCAUCAGUCUGUCAGGAAAAAAAAGAGAGAGCCUACAAUUGCCGCAGGGCAAAGAUUGUUCUAAUCUCAUGUGCGUGUGGAAACGUGACAGACUGACUGACGCAUCAUCAGCGGACAAACAAGGAAAAAAAAAAAACAACUUUCAGCACACUUACUCAAAUGUACAGCUACAGCCUUCAGGGAUGUCAUUUCAAGUCCCAACUUUUCUCGGCUUUAGCAUUAAUGGCACAGUUUGAUGUAAUGCCCAGACUAGAGUCAAAAUGAUACAUAUAGCAUUAAAACAUGAGUCAGAGAUCACCUGCUAUCUAUUGGCUAAUGCUAUAACCAUCUGUCCAAUAAUAAACCAUGACUGUACAAGCAGAAGGGAAACCUAGAAUAAUGAUUCCACCUCCCCAAUCUAGAGCCAUUCAACAUAAAAGCAUGUCUCCAUCUGCACUUGUCAUUUCCUGAACCUGCCAUUUAUAGCUCACAUAAUAAAGCCGGAGUUGGCUUAAGCACAUAAGGUAGGCGCCAGUUCUGCAGCCAGCCUGUUUGUUGUUUGAUGACUGUUCCAGCAGUCAACCUAGUGAGUGGUAGUUUCCCCUUGUGAAAGGAGAAAAAAAAACCUAUUCAGUCAGGUGCCACUGUCUGUAUGGAUAAACAUGUGACCUCGCUCGCAACCCUACAGCAGUCAUGUGAGAGAAGGAGGGAGAGAAUGACCCCCCCCACACACACAACCACAACCCUGUGUGAAAGAGAGAAUGGGAAAAAAUGAAAGACACAGUGGGAUAAAAACAGAGAAUCCUAGGAGAAGUAUCUUUAGCAGAAAAAAAAAACACAACAAGCCUGCUCUUUGUGUUCACUCAGCAGCCAGUAAACAAAGGUAGAGAGAGCAAACACAGACAGAGAGAGCUGUUGUUUCUUGUAGUCUGGAGUUUGUUUCUGUAACUUAUAGAUGCCAGCUUGUACGGAUGAAAGCAUCUAUGCCUAAUACCCACAUAAGAUGCAUGAAGCUUUGCUGGUAGUUAAGAAUUAAUUAAUUAAUGAUUGAUUUACCCCAAUUGGAUUGAUUCCUUUUUCAAUUUUCCACUCUUGCCAUCGCACCAGAGCAUCAUGGGGGACAAAUGUAUAGGCUGUCAUGCGGAUUGAGUAGUCCCGCCCCCCUCCAUCUAUAUUGAAUGCCACCAUCUGCAGAGCAUGGAUCAGUGUGCCACAUGUUCACAUGUUGUUUCACCAUGUAUGAUCAGAGACGAGUAGCAUGCGAUCUGGAUGGGGAUCAUUUCAGCCACCAGGAUCUCCUGUGGGCUAUUUUUAACCAUGUAAUCAUGGAUUUGGAUGAGUUUGGAAAAUUAUGUUUAAAGCACAAACUGUAAAAAAAAAAAAGAAAAAAAACCCACCGUGCCCACAUUGUCUGCACUUGAUUUAAUUACCAGUCUCUUCAUUGUGAGAUAAUUCACUGCUGAUUUGAUGUAGCGCUCAACAGACAAGGCUUAGUCAAAUUUCAAUGAGGCUUUGCAAUACAGAAUUCUCUUAAUCACGGCAAUAAUCUUUGACACGGCUGUGAAUCAGGAUUCACGGCUGCUUUAAAUGAGCUCUGACACAGGAGAAGGAGCAUAGCAACAGAGGAAAAUAAAGAACUCUGCCUUAAUUUCCUCUCACAUGUCAAUUGAGGAGAUUGACCACUGAGACGGUCAUUGGUGAUGUGUAAUUAGUGUAAUAACUGGGUGAAGGGUCAGAUCUCCUCCCCCUCUGCAUGUAUUAGAAGUAGGUCAAAUGGGAAGGGAAUGUGUAUGUCAAAUGGGUUCGAGGGAGCGUGGGAUCGGCUAAACUAAGUGAAGGGUAUUGACUAGUAUCUGGGGUGGAAAUCUGACCCUCCCUUUAAGAGCACAUACAGUAAUUAUGUCAGACAUCUUGGGCGGCCUGUGAAGUUAUCUAUUAUUUACAGAUUCACAAGUUUGGAAUCUAGGACAGCCAUCUUUUUUUUUUUCUUUUCUCAUCGCCACUGCUACAGCUAACUGUGCUGGUUUCAGAAGCGUGAAUGAGAAAGAAGCAGAAACUGCUGUAGCUGUAUGAGGGCUGUUUUCAGGCUGUUUUUGUUUUCUGAAAUACUAUUCAGUCUGGGCCAUUCUUCAGGCCCAGCUGUUCCAUUGCCAUUUUCCCCUACACAAAACAUACUUGCAUGCAUAUGCAUUUCCCUUUUUUCAGCUACUCCCAAUAUUCACCCUCACAGGGAAACACUGUGUGUAUGACUUAAACACAGGUCUAUAUGUUGAGCAGCAGGAAAGACUUGAAGAAAAACAUCAAACUGUGGUGUCUGGAUGGUUCCCUUAUUACGUAUUUUACACAGCAAACUUCUGAUGUCUUUAGAAUAACAAGCUGCACCCUAGCCAGGGAAGUCAUGCAUCCCACAGUUGGGUGAAAACAAGUGGAGCAUUGAGGCAAAAAAUGUAUGAUUGUUACUUCAUGGAAAUGGAAUCAGACCAAAAAUGAUUAUUAUGAUUAUUUCUACAAGGAAAUGAUCUCGCUGAUCGACUCGUCAAGGCUUUUUGCCGGAAUAUCCCUUUAAGCGUACACAUAUAUCCAGGCAUGCACCUAUAUUAGGAAGAUGUGUAACCAAGAAGAGGAGAACAAAACGAUCAUUACCUGACAGAAAAGUUUGGAGAAGUAUCCUCAUAAGCAAAUGUCGGUGAUGUUCCUGAGUUUGACAUGAGAAUUCCAGCAUUUGUGUUGACGUCGUUGUGGUUGAAAAAGCUUAAUAGCGAAGUUUGACACUGUAAAAAAUGAGUAUCUAUAAUUUAGUAUUUUAACAAGACUAAAGAUAUAUUUAAAGAGGAAUUCAGAAAACCUGCCGGGGAACAUGUUUAUACACAGCAGCCUGUUUACAACUUCCUCACUCUUCUGUUCACAGUGAUACUUUUCAGAGACAUCUGAUAUAUUCAGGGCAUAACUGUACUGAUACUCUUGUCAUUUAGAGUCACAGCUUGAUUAUUUCAUUUCACCUGUUUUGUGUCACAUUGAAAAAGUAAAAGGUUAGUUAUCCAUCGUUGGAUCUAACACUGGUUUUUACACCCUGCAGACAUAUCAGAUAUCAAAACGUUGUGUGCGUGUGUGUGCGGGCGCGCAUGUACAAUGAGGUGCUCAUGCAUGCCCUUCAGUUGCUGUCCGAAGGCACAUGCACUCAGCGUGUGCGUCUGUGUGUGAGAGAGAGAGAGAUACAAGGGUGAGGAAGGUUGGGAGCUGAUCUGUUGUUUGCCGCACAAACCAGUGAUGUACGUAUGAUGUGCGUAGGCUCUGUAAGAGCUGUGGUAGGCACUAUACCCAUACCAAGAGAGAGAGCUUCAAAGUGCUUCUUUAAAAAGGACCGGGCUGCAGUCACACUGGAGGCAGUUUAGAAGCAUUUUAGGCACAAGUGAAAAAGCUAGAGUGAGAGGGGGAGUAAUAACAACAGAUUUGUUGCAAUCAAAGCUAUCUAAUCUACCUAACGUGACUGAACCAUGUUUAGUACUUCUUAGGUUAUCUUUAUUUGACAGUAUAGAUGAAGCAGAACUUUGCACUUGGAUUAAACUGGACUAAAGCAAGUGAAAAUUUCUGCUGAAAGUUGAAGAAUCAGGAAGGGAAGGUCCUGCACAUGACUUAGUAUAUGAAGUAAGGAUGAGAGGGGAGGGUGGGAGAGGAGGAGAGGUGUGGUGCAAUGACCCAGGGCCACCUGGCUGCGCACUCACAUGGCAAAGCCAAAAGGCAGAGCUGCCUGCCUGUGUACCCAUCUGGGGCCCAUCAGGAACACGAGCCACAGGGGCACACAGGAGCAUGAAAGAGACACACAUGCACACACACACACACACACAUAGACACAGUGGUAGAGGGGAAGUGCCCCAUUGUCUCAGGAGGAAAAGGAAGGCUGACUGCCUGUGAUGUGCCUGCAAGCCAUGCCGUUAGGAUUGAACACACCUGAAUACCCCUAUUUUGAAGUGUUUGGUAGGAUGAUAAACCAAUGAAGAGGGCAGAUUCUGCUGAGUAACGCUGGGCCGACUUUAUUUGAAAUGCUAAACCUGUUACCAGACAUUAGGACGCAUUUUUGAUUAAAAGAAUUCUAUGAUCAAAUGAUGAUUGGUCUUUACAAUAGGGUGGGUGAUAUGGGCUAGAAAUUUAUCACAAUAAGUUUUUCCAUUCUGGCGCUAACGAUAAAAGUUACAAAAAAUAUAUAUACAAUUCCUAUCUAUGUUUUUGACUCAUUCUGUCUUAAGAACACCACAGCCGUUGUUUGUGGAUGGCACUUAGCAGUUGGCAUAGUCAAAUAAGAUACUUAACCGCAAGUUUAAGAAAAUUAGUGACAUCAAACAAUUCUAAAAUGCAGAAACACUGUCAACAUUUAAUCAAUACUCUUAUUGCAAGUGAACAGCAGCAGCAGAUCCCUGUCGGAUGUCAGGCAUACCUGAGAAGGAAAGUUUAUCAAAUCUAUUGUGGCAUGGCAAAUAUUCAUUGUGGAGGAUUUUUUUGAUGAUAAUUUCUCGCCCAUCCCUACUUCACAUCAUGACAAACAGUGCAGCGAUCUGGUUCUGUAUACAGCACUCGAUUGUACAGUUACAAGCUGAAAAUAUAUCCAUGCUGGGAGUUCCAGGUAACUCUUAUGAAUAGGUGGGGGAUCAUCAUCAGCAGAUGUGGUUUUUCCCUUUGAAUAGCCAGCUCCAUUACACAUCGAUCUGUAUCAACACUCCAGUCCACGGUAGCUCACUGCCACAGAAAGACAUUUCAGGAGCAUCUGUUUGCUAAGCUUUACCUGCAAGGCAACAACAAAGGAAAACACAAAGACAUGAAGGAAAACACAUUUGUAUUGGCUGCUGGCCUCUCCAGGAUUCACCCUCGACUGAAUACAAGCAAAAACAAAGCUUUUCUGCAAGUGUUGUCUCGCACACGAGCAGCGUGGGAUCGGAUUCCUCCUGCUGUGCGUGACAGUUUGGAGCACAGGUCUUGUUAGCAACUGGCCACGUGUUAUGUAAUCCGCCACAGAUGAAGAGCUCCUCAUUCAGGCAACCUGCAGCUCACUGUGCCAUUCAUCGAACACUGGAAGUACAUAGUUCAGAUAAUAGAAAUGUAUUCAUGGGAAUCUGCAUCAAGAAUUUGUCCAUAAUGUGAAUUUUUUUUGAUGAUUUGUUGAUCCUUUUCUUCUUUGAGCCACUUUCACUGUGUCUCUCUAUAUAAAAUGUCAUGUUUUUAGUAUUUCCUUGAGUUUCUGUAUCUCACUUUAGCACCUGCUAGCCAAAACAUUUGUAAAUUUUAAAAGUCAUAAAUCAAAAUUGUUUGGCUGAACACAACGCUUGCUAACUUACAGCUCUGCCAGCAGUGCAGAAAGUGAUGCCUCAUCCUCAGCCACAUUAGCGGCAACCUACCACCACCACCUGUCACCCAUGACAUCACUUCCUCUAACCAGGUUUACUUAACCAAGUGGUUCUCAAGUCCAGUCCUCGAGCCUCCCCUGUCCUGCAUGUUUUGGAUGUUUCCCUGCUCCAACACACCUGAUUCAAAUGAUCAGCUCGUUAUUAAGCCAUUACAGAGCUUGAUAACGAGCUGAUCAUUUGAAUCAGGUGUGUUGAAGCAGGGAAACAUCCAAAACAUGCAGGACAGGGGGGGCUCGAGGACUGGACUUGAGAACCACUUACUUAACCAAUCCUUAGUCUCACAAUCCAAGGACAUGGAGAUAUGAGGCUGCACAGUAAAUCCAUGGCUCCUUAUACAAGAAGCACUGGUCUUUUCGAAGAACUCCAGGUAAUAUCCAGCCCUGUUGCCGGUUGCCGUUUUACACAAGGGUGGAGGCAAACCCGAGCUCUGGCUGAAACCUGCAGGUAUUUAUGGUCUACAAGCUACCACUCAUAUUGUAAGCUGCAAACGGCUUAAGCUCUUUGGCUGUUAGGUGGGCUUGAAAACAAGUCUUUCCCAAGGAUUACAGACCUUUCUUGGAAGCAUCACUAGUAGCUUAUGACCUUUAACCCUUUAGUGAAACAGUAAGAGAUAAUGUCAGUGGUUCAGACUCACAUGAUAACCCCGUCUCCAUGGUUAUCUGUAGGUGCCUGUAGGGUAAUUUUCAGUUGAUUUAUUCUCCUGAAAAGACUGAGGAAUAAAGAGCAUCAGUUUGACUUCCCUUUAGUAGACACUCCAGCGUGAUAACUGUGAUGCCCCCCACCCUCCUUGCAGUCACAAGCUGUCCUCCAGACACUCCCUCCUGUGCUUUUAGGGGCUCUCCUGCCUUCUGCAGUUAUCAGAGUGCUCCGCUGUAGAGCACAUCAUGCACCCAGAGAUUAGGGCAAAUGUCAGGCACAAGUUUCACAUGUCUGUCUAUCAAUAAGAGGCACAGCAAGGGUGUUUGAGUGCUGCCAGCCAGGGAGUAGCAUGUGUCUCUGUAAGAGGAGAUCACACAGUACAUACGGUAACUGCAGAAAGGACAGAACCAGGACUGAGUGUGCUGCCGGGUGUAGGUGAUAGCAUGGCAGACUCCUUUUACUUUCCCUUUCUUCCUCCUCAUCAUCAUCAUCAUCAUUGAGGGGGUGUUACAUGGUUUCAUGCUGACUCUGCAAAAAGUGGAUGAUCUGCAGCCCAGAGCAAUCAUGGGACGUUUUGAUCAUCACCAGGCAAAGGUUUGAAAGAUGGUGCAGUGCUAGUGGGGUCAUGAUACCCUCAGCUUCCUCUUUCAUUCCUCCUGUCAGUUUGGGGCAUAGUAGACAGGAGGGCGGGACACACAGGAGUGGUGGCACGCAGGGUUAUCUGAGAUCGUCUGAAAUUGUUAUAAUCUCAAUGGGAGUGGAAGAAAAAAGAUACUGGCCUCCGAUGUCUGGAAUAUGUUAACUCCACGCCUGCCAUGCAGACAGACACACGCCUACACAACAUCGUGUGUGUGUGUGUGUGUGUGUGUGUCCUGCUCUGCCCUCUUUGCCUUCUUUAUCAGGCACUUCAUGCAAGAAGGUAUUCUAACUGAACACACACACAUGCAUCAGAAAAAUUCAAGUUUUAGGAUCCAAGCUGGGCUGUGCAUGAGGAAGAAUGUGUGUGUUUUUCUGUCAUGUGAUGAGAAAUACACAGUCUGAGUGUCAGCCUGCUGCACAAUAAAUAAUUCACUGGCAUAUCAGGGAUAAUGAAAUAUUCCGUAUACGUGGCCUACUUCAAUUGAGAUGGUUAUUGGUGAACAUGGCAAAUUGCAGAAAAUUCCACUUAAUCCCUAUUUUCCAAGUGAUGUAGUUCUAAUCUUAAUUUCAGUGCCAAAUAAAACAGUCAACAUCGGAAGCUGAGACUAGAGCUGCAUGAUUAAUCGACUUUAAAUCGUAAUCAGAUUAUUUGAUUAUGAGGAUGUUAAAAAAAAUUAAAAUCGUCAAAUCAAUUUACCUCUCUAUCAUGUCUCGCACCUCCAAGCCACCGCAGGCUCCCCCUUCUUGCGGAAUGCUCCACAGUUCCCACACACACCAGUGUAAACAAACAUUUACAAGUUUGCAAAAGAAGGAGAUAAUUUCUUUUAUAUAUCCGGCCAAACCAACCUUUAUACACGCGCUCCGUGCUCUUCUCUCAUUUGUGCCUUUGCGUUGAAGCGUUAUAGCGCCACUUACUGGCUUGGCAUAUGCCCUAAAUUGAUUUCAGUGGUUUUGUUUUGAGGCAUGAUCGAAAAACUUUUUGCUAAGGUAAAGUUGAAUAAAAAGUUUAAAUCGAGGAAAAGAGUUCUCAGAGAGAAAAAUCAGGAUUUUAUUUCUGGUCAAAAUCGUAUAGCCAUAACUGAGACAGAUAUCCUCUCAUGCUGUCCUCUCCUGAGACGCCUCCCAGGUGGAGCUGCGGAUUUCCCCCAGGCUGCUGCCGCUGCUGCAAAAGAGGAGAAUGUGAUUAAUUGCCAGCUGAUAUCUGUGUUUGUGCAUGUGUGUAUAAGUGUGUAUAAGUGUGUGUGUGUGUGGAGACAAACACAGAUAGACUCCGAUAAAAAGCUGAGCUCUCUCCUGAGAAUAGAACUGAUUACACAUACAGAUGACCUCCUGACUGAUGGUUAUCAUCACAUUUCAGCCCAGACUGAAAAGGUUUUACCUGUUCUGUGACUCCCUCACUUUGAUCACUACAGACUGAAUCAGGACACCACCUCUUCUUUACCUCCCCCCAGACGUGCAGCACUUGCCUUGUUAACGUUGUUUAAGCAUACAUACUCACACUUCCUACACUGGUGUAAUGGCUCGCCCUGCUCUCGUGUUUUUAUCAGCAGCAUCCAUGCAUAGCUGAGCCUCCCCUCUUCACACACACGCCGACACACACUGACAGAUACACUCCAGCAGGCGCUCACACGUCUCCACCAGUCUUAAAGCAGCAGAGCGUAGUAUGGAGCUGUCUAGCCUGGCGUAAUCAGUGCAGAGAAUUCCUGCUCUGGUCUCCUGAGUUUGUCCCCUUCGGGCACUCCUUGGAGAGAGUUCCUGAGUCUGGGUUGCUCCACUGAGUCCACUGACUCUUAAAUUCUCUCCACUGCUCCCUUCAGGCAAGCUGAAAGGGCAGCUCCUGCUAAUGGAGCACUGAUUGUGUUAUAGCCACAAUUAUCUCUCUUUACCUCUCAACUCUGAGCCAUUAGCAGGAUAGAUAGUUCCCCGGGCCUGUCUGCAGUCAUAGAAUAAGGGACUGUCAGGAUGAUGGAGCAUAAGAGCCAAGCAAGGUCCAAUACACCUUUCUUCCCUGAACUACACAACCCCACCCCAACCCCCAGCCCCCGAAGGAAACUUGUUGUUGGUCAUGUAGGCGAGGAAGGUAACUAAAGCUGGGUGCAACAAAUACCAGCGAAGGAUAAUGUAUCAUCUCAAGGCUUAAACGAGACGUGAUUCAUAUGUAGCCUGCUGUGUGGCUGGACUAUAAGCCUGGGAUUUCAAAUACAUGAGCCUGGUCUAUAGCUGGUGAAUUCUUACAAAGUAAGACUACACUCUGUUAUAAUGAGCCGACAUCCCACAGGAUACUGCUUUUAUUAUGGUGGCAGGGUAAAGGACAGGGUUGGUGAAGACAAAUCCACGCUGGGAUAGUUGAGUUGCUUUUUGUUUGGCCUGGUGUAGCUGUGUUUCAACCAGUCUGAUGUGAAAAGUGACAACAAAAAUAGGAUUUGAUAACCUCGGGGGCUGAGGAGCAAGGGGGAAAUAGUAGGGGUUGGAGAAAAAGUAGAUACAGCAUAGUAUUGCAAUGUAUUUUCUGGUGAUACAUUGUAUCGUCUCAUUGACCAAGUAUUGAUUUUUUCAAAUUAACUGCUAAUAUAAAGUCAAACCCUUGAUAAUGGAAAAGCACCUAGGGAAAGAUAUUAGGAAUGCAAGCAGUGCACAAAUGAGAUGGACCUGACACAUGAGGUUUGCAAGAUGUGCUGCAUGAAAAUAAAAUACUGUGUAAAUAAGACAAACAUAACGGAAAGCCAAAUACUAAAUUUGCUAAACAGUUGGAAAAAUUGUAUUAUCGCAAUAUAUUGUAUCACAAUACUCACUGUAUUGCAAAAUGUUAAAAAUCUCAAUAAUAUCCUAUCGUGGCCCAAGUAUCGUGAUAGUAUCGUAUUGUGGCCCAAGUAUCAUGAUGAUAUCGCACCGUGGCCCAAGUACAUGUAAUCUGUUUAAACACAAUCUGCCAGAGUAAUAUCCAAUUUGCUGUUGAGCACCAGCAUCAUGUGAAAUAUUUCCCAACACAGAACACUUCCUGUCACGUGUCUAAUAUGUCUUCCUCUGUCUUUCCUCUGCAGACGAGCUCACCUUCGCCUGUGUUUGGAGCGGUUGAAGGCCCUCAUACCCCUGGGACCUGACUGCAACCGCCACACCACCCUGGGCCUGCUCAACAAAGCCAAAGCACACAUAAAGGUAAGAAUCAGCAGCCCGCACAAAUCUGAGUCUGGUGACACACGCUCCAAAAGUUUUGAACAAGCUAACUGUGCAGAGAUAAAAACCAGAUAAUGAUGUGUUGAGUUGCCGAUGGUAUUUUAUCGUUUUGACCUUUUCUGCCUGAUUCGACUGCCUUCUGCUGGGAUCAGUCCUUACAGGUCAUUUAUUUGCGUUGCUGUAGACAUAGGGAUGCCAUGGCUUCAAUAAUUAUAAGAUGAGAGUGUAUUAGGUUAUUGACUCCAGUGUGCAUUUUGAUUGCAAUUUUAAUCAGCAGCAAUGCAUUACAGAGCCAAAAUGCAUCCUUUCAUGGCAGUAAAUCAGCAGUGAUGUGAUUCGCUUUAGAAUAUUUGUUUUGUCAAGUGUUGAAGAGAUGUCUUUUCUUUCAUUCUGUCGGUCCACUUUAGUACUUACUGACAUGGGAUCUUGUGUUUGCCCUAAUUGUAGUUGUACAUUGUUAUUAUCACCAGUAUCCAGCUGGUCACCAGUGCCUGAUUUGAAGAGCGUGUAACACAUUCCGACAUCCUGCUUCACGCUUUGGCCUCCACUUUAAAGAAAACAGGCAUGUGACUGCCUGAGAUUGAGCAGUCUGUGUGUGAACAGCCUGGUGUAGCGAGUACUCACGUAACGGGGGGGGGGGGGGGGGGGGGGGGGGAUAAAGCUGGUAUUGUUGUCAUGCCCCCCCCCCCCCCACUACUUCCCAUUACUACUGUCACCACUGUGCACUUCUGCUGCUGUCAAGUUGAGUCUCUCUGUCGCUUAUUGAUGGCCUAUUGUUUGGUCCGCUGGCGAGAGUCACGCUUGUCACCGUCAGCGAGCGUGACACAAGGCUACAAGGUUAAGAGCAUAACAUGGCUGUAUCAGUCCUUACCACAGCAGCCCCUCGCUCAUUUUGAUACAAGAGAAGGUGAAGACGGUGAGGAGUGUAAACAAGGCAGGUGAGGGGGAUCAGCGAGGAGGUAAAACCAGUGAACUGGCUGAAUACUGAAACAGACCAGGGGAGUUUUUGUUAGUGGAUCUUAAAGGAGUUUCCUUACAGACUGAGAACAUCUACAUUCAGUAUCUCUCACUGCUGGUGAGGUUGUCAUUCCUGCUCAGCUCCCUGUUCUCUUAUCUCUUCUGUCUGUCUUUAUUCUCCCGCUCUCACAUGCUACUCAUGUGUCUUACAUUUUUAUUCAGUUCACUCUUGAUGGCCUCUCCUCUCACACACUCUGAAAGUAAAAUCUCACUCUGCUCCUUAACACUCAUAAUUCACCUUUGCUGCAUUCCUCUCUCCUCUGACAGAAACUUGAAGAGACGGACAGGAAGAGCCAGUACCAGCUGGAGUCUCUGGAGCGCGAGCAGAGGCACCUCCAGCGACAGCUGGAGCUACUGAGGGGAGGCAGCGGGGCUGCAGCCCAGAGCAGCCCAGGGGAGGGAGAGAGGAUACGCAUGGACAGUGUGGGCUCCACCCUCUGCUCCGACCGCUCUGACUCUGACCAAGGUGAGUGUGGCCAAACUCUUUGAACAGGAGUUUAAUUUUGCAACUCCAAAGCCUCCAACUGCUCUGACAGAUUUGAUGACUUUGAGGUUGUGGCAUUAGGGCUGCUCUGGGACUCUGUGAAUUGAGGUGUUCCUGAAAAUAAUCAACAAAUAUUUCCAGGACAGAAGCUCAAACACUCCUCAAAGGGUUUUAAAGUGCAUUACAAUCCCAGAGCAGCAUUUGAAUCAACUCACAGCAAGUUAUUGAAGCCAGUUUCAGUUUAUUUUUUCAUUCCAGUCUGACUCUAAUCAGUAAAGAUGAGUCACUUUAAAUACUGAAUUCUGCAGUAAAACAAUUGAAAAAGUACAAUAGAAAUCAUAACCCUGACCGUUAGAUGAAAUAUGCUGUUGAAUUUGAUACCUGCUAAUAUUGUACUGCAAAGAUUCAGAAACACAAAGGCUUACUGUUACUGAUCAUUUUUGCUAAAACAACAAAAGUAAAGGUAAUUGGAACUAAAAGAUAAGAACAUUUUCAAAAACUAGUGCACAUGAAAUACUGAUGAGUUCCAUCAUCAGAGUAGGGUGCAUAUCUUGUUUUGACCUUCUCCCUGACCCUCCUCUCUUCCUCCCCCAUCUUUUCUCCCUGAUCUGCAGAGGAGAUCGAGGUGGACGUGGAAAGCACGGAGUUCUCCCAUGGAGAGCUGGACAGCGUCAGCACAGCCAGCACCAGCGACCUGGACGACCACAGCAGCCUGCAGAGCAUGGCCAGCGAUGAGGGCUACUCCUCCUGCAGUGUCAAACUUGCCUUCUCCUCCUAGAGCCCCACACCACCUCCCUGCCAAACCUGCCUGCCCUCCUGUCAGUUAAUCCAAGGAGCCACGCCUACAUACAUAUACCCAGUCACCACCAACGGAGGCCACGCCCACAGCUGAUGGCGUUCCUGUUGCUCCAACCUCCCAGCAGCACCUCCUCCUGCUCCAAGCCUUUAGUUCCCUCCUCUUCCUCCUCCUGUUCCCCUGUGCUGCUGAUUGAGGAGUUCCUUCUCAAUUCUGAACAUUGCGCUGCCCAACCAACACCCACACCAGGACCCCAACACAGUGAUGUGAGACUGCCAGCUGAUUUGAAUCUCCUCACAGACUCUGUUGAUUUUAAAGAUAUAUAAAUGUUGAUUUUUUUAACCACAGAUUUGAAAAAAGAAUUUACCACUUUUGUUCCCUUCCUGUGAAAAGUCCGAAUUUUAAUAUAUACAACCCCUAAAUUGACCCAAAAUGCACUUAAACCCAUGUGAUCUUAAAAUAAUUUAGAUCUUCUGUUUGGUUCCUCAUUCUGUGGGUGUGUGUGUGCGCGCGUGUGUGUGUGUUUAGCUGAGACUGUGUAUCCCAUCUUAACCUUCUGGUGUUGGGUCUGGAUAAACAGGAGCACAUCCAAUCUGGACUUGAUUGAACAUUGUGGGUGAACUUUGCCAUAUCGUUGCAGCUUGGCCCCGAUAAACAUCCCCUCAGCCCUGAAUUGAAUCCUUUGUCUUAUGUUUUUUUUUUUCUUUUAUUACCUCUGCUCCACACCGCAGAAGCUCGGACACUCGAACUGGUGCUAUUGUGAAACAAACCCACGGGGGAAGCAAAUCAGAUCCACCGCCACUACGCUUGUAAAGCAAACAAAAGUGUGGCUGCCGUGACUGUUUCCAACUGAGCAUGGAGGAAAACAACCACACCAACAAAGAAACAAAACAGGAGGAAAAACAGCAUUCCUGUCAAAUGUGGGUGCUCAGUGCUUUUACAAAGAGUGGAAGUUGUUUUUUGUGUGUGUCUUGUUUUGGUGUCUUCCCCCUCUCGACAAGCAGCUACAACAAGCUAUCCUGCACUUGCCUACUAUACAGCUGUCCAUAGAAACGGCACAAACCAACAAGUCAAACUAAUAAACCAACAACAGCUACAAGGAAAGAGUCCAAACAACAACAAACUUUGGAUCAGGUGUCAUCCUCUCUCCAGCAGUAACAAGCAAUAACUCUUAUAGUAGUUUUUGUCCCAUUGGUUUGGACUCCUCAUCGGGUUUUUUCUUUUCUUUUUCUCCUCUCCCCCUAAGACUGAGUGACCGUCCAAAAAGUCAAUUUCCUUCUGUUUUUUUUUUUUGUACAUACAAAUAGUUUAAUAAAUUAAACUUUGAAAAGGAGAUUUAAAAAAAGGUAGAGCUCAUGGAUAGAACUGUUGCCUCUGUUGCUGUUUGACCUGUGUUUAUUGUGCAUUUUCAAGUUUUCAGAGAUUUUAUCCUCUUCAUAGUGGCAGCAAAUGUGACACGGACACUCUCACUUUGUUCUGGAAACAUUUGAAAGUUUCUUAUCGUUGCUGCCCUUAGAUGGAAAAAAAGAAAAGUUACUCUUCAAUGUGUUUUAAAAAAAUGUUAGAACAACUUCCCAACCAGAAAACAAUCCAAAUAGGACAUCUGGUGGAGAACUCUGAGUUUGAGUGGCACUCUUUUUUUUUGAAUUUUUUUAUUUAUUAGACUUUUUUUUUUCCUCUUGUUUGUUCAUGUUCAUGAGACGGGAGGGGAAGCUUUUGUGGCAUUCCACUUUUGGUGGAAGUGUGAAGUGUGCUGGGAAGUUAAAAAAACGGGUGUUUUAUGAUGUCACUGUUCGCCAUCCAAACUCCACUGGCAUUAAGAAUUGCACUUCAACCACACUUCUCUGUGUUUGAUUUUCCUCUUUAUCUCUCAUCUAUCCUGUUGUAUGAUGAAGGAAAGAAAACAGCUCCACCCUUUUAGAUAUUUAUUUCUCAAUCCCUCAAAGAACACAAGCAACAACAGGGAGAAAGAAGUUAACUUAUUUUGGUUCUGUCUUAUUUGACUCCUCUUUAUCCACGCGUACUCCUCAUUCCUUAUUCUAAGAAUUGUAUAUUUUAUGGGUUAUUGUUAUUUUUCUGGGGUCGGGGAGGUUGGGAGGGGAUAUAAAAUGUAGCCAUUUUGUUUAAAAAUUUUUCUGAUGUUUUAUUCAAUGGACACUUGAAAUGUAAGAGGCCCCUAAGCUGCUCCUAGUGCUGAGCCUUGCCUGUUUAGAGUCACCUGCCGUGACCGGAGCUGAGCCCCAGACAAACAGACCUAAAACAACAACUGCUUUGAUUGGAGAAGAAAAUCACUUUCCUCCACUCACAGCCCUCUGCUGCAGGUUGAAACACUUGCGCAUAAAUACUCCUGUCUGGUUGUUUUCGAUGUCUGUGAUAAAGGGGAAAUAUCUCCGCACAAGACUUAAGCGGCAGAUCUUGAGCCAGCUACUACACAAUAAAAGGGGUCUAAAGCUCCACUUUCCUCUGUUUUGAGGACUGUAGUAAUCUCUAUUAGACUUGUGUUUUAGUUGACAAAACGUGUCUUACCUUUACAACACAAGGCCUCCAUGGAGGGUUUAAAGAUAAAAUUUUCAACAGAACAAAUCCUUUGCUUUCUCAGAAGGGCAUUUUUAAGUUAAAGAGUUUUGAGCUCUUUGUAAGCUGUGUCGAGGUUCUUGGACUUGGCUCUGAAUCAAAAAGUCACCCCAUGUGGUGCUUGAUUUUAAAGAAGAAGAAGAAAAAAACGCCAAAACCACCUCAGAACACCUCAGUGUCCUCUCUCUCUCUCUCUUUCUCUCUCUCUCUCUCUCUCUCUCGCUCUAUCUCUCUAUCUCUCUCUCUCUCUCUUUGAGGGACAGUUUACAUUUAUUCCUCCCCCAUAUAAGUUAUUAAAGUUACGUUUCUCUUUGUCUCUGUUUUUCAUCUUCAUAUGUUGGUUUUAUGAAUCUGCAUUGCUGACAGGAAGGAAAGAAAAGGUCCCAUGUUUGACAACAAUUGAAUUUCACUCCUGGUUCAGACCUGGAUCACAUCCAGAUGGUGUUUGACUACUUUAAGUAGAACUUGUACAACAAAAGGAUGGUUCUGACAGUGUUGGGUUUCAUUGUUCAUCACAAAGAAAUGUGUGAAAACUGACUGGAACUCAUUGUCUUGUCUGGUGUGGCAAACAUGUCUGAGCUUGUAUUCCAAGAAGGGAUAAAACAAACUAUAUGAACAGAUUUUACUGAAGCCAGUUCUGUCCUCUGUCAUGAGACGAGAGCGUUCACUGUGUGUGUGUGUGAGAGAGUGUGUGUUAGACAGAUUAUGUGUGAGCGUGUGUGUGUUCAGAGAGACAUCUGGUCCAUGAUGUGACUGCUCUGAUCUUAGCGGGCUGGUUGGAAAAGACAAGUCAGAUGAGUAGAAGGCGUAAGUUUGAUUGAGAAAGCUCUCUUCCAUCCUUCUCAGUCAUGGUUUGAGAACUGAACAUGGAGUAAGUUUCGUGGUGAGUUCAGUGCAGACGCUUAAUGGAUCAGCCCGAGUUAUUUUAGAGGUGUGACAGAGAGUUUCUGACUGUGCUGCAGAUUCAACACAAUACCAUAUCUUCAUAAGCUGGUGAUCACAAAGCUAUAUUUUUACCUCUGUGUUUCAGGUGAGGUUUAGACUUGCACCUGACUCUGGCUCAGGUCAGGGUUAACUCUACAGGAAUGUUAAGUUCCAGUUUUGCAGCUUGGCCAGAAGUGUACCAGCUCGGACUAAGUGGAAAUCACAGUGUCUUUUGUAAACCACACUCCAUGCUGGCGUCAGUCUUACAGGAGGUUGACUUUUAGCCCAUACAGAUGAGUAGUCCCUCGUAGGGAGUCCUCCUGAUGUUCUGAACCUGUGGCCAUCCUUUGUGAAACUGAUGAUGAUGAUGAUUCUACCGUGUAAGUUGAAGAUGCAAUACUUACAAUAAAAACACAAGAUUUUCAAACCUGAUGGACUCGGCUCGCCUUUUGUUUUAAGACUUUUCUGCUAUUGGACAAAUCCCCACUGAACAAAACUGUUUUAAAUACUAUCCAUGUACAUUUGAAAAGGUGUUAUUUUGUAGAGACUGAUCAAACUGAUACUCCAAAGUCUUCCAGGCCACUAAAGAAACUCAGUUUACACUUGUUUACUGGUAUGAGAUAAAUCCAGUCAUUUGGCAUUUGUCUAAACACAAUCUACAAAGAAACAUAAAUAAAGAAGGGCUGCAAUGCCUACUGUUUGGCUUUAUAUUGUCCCUCUGGUUACUGUCUAGCCGCUUUACAAGAUUUCUAGUUUAAUGAAUUCUUAACUAGUUCAGACUACUUUUUAAAACCCUCAUCUCAGUCUCUGUCUGAGACGCUUUAUUUAAGUCACUGUCUCUUUAAGCCCCCCCCCCCCCCCAAAAAAAAAAAAAAAAAAAAAAAAGAUUCUGGAAGCCUCUUUCACUGCUGCCAUGCUUUUUAUAAAACAACUAAUUCGCCCUUUAAAGUGAUUCACUGUCUGGUGACAUAAUGAUUUGAGAGAAUCCCAUAUUAAAGGGAUAUUCUGGUGUAAAAUUGACUUAGGGUCAGACACACUGUAAUACUAAGUUAGACACCCCCUCAAGAGAUGAAUGUUGCGGACUUCUUGCUUCUCCAGUUAUACCAACUUAGGUAAUGACCGUA